UCAGCCAGUAAGCGUGCAGGCCCUUCCUAACGCUUACCUUUCUCCUCUCCCCGUACUCGUUCAUUCUCUCUCUCGGUCUUGGCCACCCUUGUCUAGCGUGAAAGAUGGCAGCGGCUUUUGCUGGCACGUGGAAUUUAAAGGAGAGCAAGAAUUUCGAUGACUACAUGAAAGCGCUGGGUGUGGGCUUUGCAACACGGCAGGUUGGCAGCAUGACCAAACCCACCACCAUAAUUUCCGUGGACGGUGAUACUAUAACAUUAAAGACCGUGAGCACUUUCAAGAGCACAGAGAUCAACUUUAGACUGGGUGAGGAGUUUGAGGAGAUCACUGCAGAUGAUCGUAAGGUCAAGUCUCUGGUAAACCUUGAUGGAGACAAGUUGAUCCAUGUUCAGAAAUGGGAUGGCAAAGAGACAACACUGGUCCGAGAAGUCAACGGCAAUAGUCUCACGUUGACAUUAACUCUUGGUGAUGUGGUCUGCACACGAUCCUACGUGAAGGCAGAGUAAAGUGAAGCCCUUUCCACAGCCCUUGGUCCUGCAGAUGUCUUCGUCUUCUCUGAUCAAAUACAUUUCCAAGGGUUGUCAAUAGUUUGUCCCUUGUCUUUCUACUACACCCAAAAUAAGGGAAUAAAACAUUUUAUACCUAUAAAA